UACGGCACGGCACAGAAAUUAGCAUAGAAAACGUUUCGCACUUUAUCAAUAAAAUAUUUCGUAAGAUUUUAAGGACAAACUAACAAAAGUUUACAUAAAAUUUCUAUAUCAAUAUAGCGAAAAUAAAAAUUUAAUAUACAUUGGUGUAAGCAUUUACUUGUGAAUAAGAUAUUGUCAACUUAAGAAAUACCUGACAUUUAUCAAAUAUGCCUGGAACUGGAUUGAUAUUGGCAGGGCUUGGACUUGCAGCAAUUGGAUAUGGAGGUCGCUUUUUAAAAAGAUAUGCCAAAAAUGCUGAGAAUCUUUACAAGAAAGUAGAAACUCUUCAGUCUGGGGCCUUAAGUGGGUAUUACCGUGGUGGUUUUGAACAGAAGAUGACCAAAAGAGAAGCAUGUCUUAUUCUUGGAGUAAGCCCAUCCUCUUCACAAGCAAAAAUUAAGCAGGCUCAUAAAAGAAUUAUGCUUUUAAAUCAUCCUGAUAGAGGUGGUUCGCCACUAAUUGCAACAAAAAUAAAUGAGGCCAAAGAUUACUUGGAAAGUAAAAAGCCAUGAAAGUAGACCUAUGUGUAUAUCACCAGACUGUGAUAUGUCUUCCAUAUAAAGAAAAUACUGAGAAAAAGCAGAGAACAAUUAGCGCAAAAAAAAUAAAAAUAGAACAAUACGCCCAAAAAUGGUGAAUAUGUAAUGAAUGGUGGGCUUUUAGUUUUCUAUUUUUUUUUAAUUUUUAUUUUUUGACUGAACAUGAAAGUCACACUAAUCCGUAAUUUAUGCCAUUUGUUAUACAUGUAGUCUCAUAGAAAUAUAAG